CCCCCAGCCCCUCCCUCCUGCCCUCAGUGCAACCAGUUCUUCGACCUCCUGCAAGACCUCGUGGACCACGUCAACGACUUCCACGUGAAGCCCGAGAAGGACGCGGGCUACUGCUGCCACUGGGAAGGCUGCGCCCGCCACGGCAGAGGCUUCCACGCCAGGUACAAGAUGCUGAUCCACAUCCGGACGCACACGAACGAGAAGCCACAUCGCUGCCCCACCUGCAACAAGAGCUUCUCCCGCCUGGAGAACCUGAAAAUCCACAACCGCUCGCACACAGGCGAGAAGCCCUAUAUCUGCCCCUACGAAGGCUGCAACAAGCGCUACUCCAACUCAAGCGACCGCUUCAAGCACACGCGCACGCACUACGUGGAGAAGCCCUACUACUGCAAGAUGCCGGGCUGCCACAAGCGCUACACGGACCCCAGCUCGCUGCGCAAACACAUCAAGGCCCACGGCCACUUCGUGUCCCACGAGCACCAGGAGAUGCUCAAGGCGCACCAGCCCCCCAAGACGCCCCUGGGCCCGGCAGAAGUGCCUUACGUCAACGGGGCGCAGCUCAUCAUCCCCAACCCCGCCGCCCUCUUCGGCCCGCACGCGCUGCCGGGCCUGGGCGCAUCGCUGCCCCUGCCACUGGCGCCGGCACCCCUGGAUCUCAGCGCCCUGGGCUGCGGGGCCGUGGGCUCGGGCGUGCUGCCCGCGCUGCCCAGCCCUGUGCUCUCCCUCAACGGGGCGCCCUUGAACUUGGCCAAGAACCCGCUGUUGUCGUCCCCCUUCGCGGCGGGCGGCCUGGCGCUGCCCGUCAUGUCGCUGCUCGCCGGCGCAGCGGGCAAGGCCGAGGCCGAGAAGUGCCACGGGGCCGAGGGCCGGCUGCCCAAGAGCGGCAAGUCGCCGGGGGCGGAGCGGCGGCUGCCCCAGCGCAAGGGGAGAAAGAACCUGGCUCUGGCCCAAGGCUCCCAGCUCGCACGUGAUGCGGAGCCCAAGGCACCGGUGAACUUGGGCUAA